AUGCAACGCGAGGAGUAUGAUGGGAAGCUACAACGCAUGAUCGACGAUGACAACACCUACAAGAAAUUGACACGGGAUCCAACAUCAUCGUAUCAAAAACGCAACAACGAAUUCGCCAAACGGUUGGCGGAUUUAAAACUCAUCGAUCGUGCCACUGAAAUGAAGCUAAAAACAUACAGAGCCAUCUCCCCCCGAAUAUAUGGUGCGCCGAAGGCACAUAAAGAGGGACUACCGCUGCGCCCAGUGGUACCGUGCAUGACGUCACCGUCGUACACACUGUCACAGUUCGUGGGGAAAAUAAUCCAGAAGUCCAUUGAUGGCAGAUACAACGUAACGAAUUCGUUCUCGUUCUGCCAAUAUAUAAACAGCAUACAGCUUCCCCCUGGAUAUGUUCUCAUCUCCCUAGAUGUAGUGUCACUAUUCACCUGCAUCCCGAAAGAUUUGGUUCUUCGUGACGUCAUCAACAACUGGGUCAACAUAAAACAAAACACCGACAUCAACUUGGAUUUGUUCCUUGAGAUCACUGAGUUCUGUAUAGACUGCAGUUACUUCCAGUUUAAAGGACAAUUCUUCCAACAAGUGUUUGGGACAGCGAUGGGUAAUCCGCUGUCACCCACAAUCGCGGAUCUGGUAAUGGAAACAUUAAUGGAUACCGUCACAAAACGAAUCAGCUUCCCAAUACCAGUACUGAAGAAGUAUGUGGAUGACUUGAUACUGUCGGUACCCCAAGAGAAAAUUGAUGAGGUAAUUGAAAUUUUCAACCAAUAUCACCCGAAAAUACAGUUCACCGUGGAGGUGGAGAAAGAUGGUCGAAUUCCGUUUUUAGACUUGCUGCUGGUACGUCAAAACGACCAGACAGUUAAAACCGAGUGGUAUAUGAAACCAAUAGCCUCCGGUCGUUUCAUUAACUACCACUCGGAACACAGUUUAAGGCUCAAAGUGAACGUCGCCACAAACUUCAUUCACCGAGUGAUGGAUUUCUCCACCAACCUAGAUACAAGAACCACCAAAAACAUAAUUUUCUCCCAACUCAAGCUGAACGAUUACCCCGCACGUGUAAUAAACCGCCUGAUUGAUCGAUCGAGAGAACGACAAGUCACCACCAAUGAUGACGUCAGGCCAAACGAAGACACAGUGUAUCGGUCGAUGGUACACGUCGGACAGCUAUCAAACAAAAUUCAAAAAAGUUUGAAAAAAGACUAUCCGAACGUCACCAUCAGCACAAAGAACACACCAACCGUAGGAACGCUCCCGCCGCCGGUAAAAGAUGUAGUAGACCAAGGCGACCGGUCGAAUGUGAUUUACAGGAUCCCAUGCGAAAGUUGCCCAGCGUGCUACGUAGGUAUGACGUCAAACAAACUGAAAACGAGGAUUACCAGCCACCGCUCCUGUUCCAACAGACUGCAAAGCUUGUGGGAUCAAGGCAAAACUGCGGAAGACCAAGAGUUAGCUAUGCUUCGGGAACGAACAGCGCUACUCGAUCACUCCAUCGUCAACCAACACGCCUUUGCAUUCGACCGCACACAAAUAUUAGACUCUAGUUUUAAGAAACAAAAUUUACACAUUCUCGAAACUUGUCACAUUGUAAACACACAACACACAGUCAAUAAACGUACAGACACAGACAAUUUGAGCAGUACGUACGCCGGCAUACUACAUACAUUGAAAAACAAUAGAUGUAGUAGAGCCGAUCAACAGAUAGGACAGCCAUCACAACACAAUCCGACACAACCAGAGUAA